UUGUGUUCAAACAUUAUAACUAUCUAUCUAUCUAUCUAUCUAUCUAUCUAUCUAUCUAUCUAUCUAUCUAUCUAUCUCUGUUCAUAUUUAUUUACCUUUCUAUCUAUCUAUCUAUCUAUCUAUCUAUCUAUCUAUCUAUCUAUCUAUCUAUCUAUGUCAGUUUGUUUAUAUCUAUCUAUCUAUCUAUCUAUCUAUCUAUCUAUCUCUCUAUCUCAGUCUCUUCAUAUCUAUCUAUCUAUCUAUCUAUCUCAGUCUCUUCAUAUCUAUCUCAGUGUCUUCAUAUCUAUCUAUAUAUUCAUAUCUAUCUCACUCUUUUCAUAUCUAUCUAUCUAUAUAUCCCAUUCUUUUCAUAUCUAUCUAUCUAUCUAUCUAUCUAUCUAUCUAUCUAUCCUAUCUCUUCAUAUCUAUCUAUCUAUCUAUCUAUCUAUCUAUCUAUCUAUCUAUCUAUCUAUCUAUGUCAGUCUCUUCAUAUCUAUCUAUCUAUCUAUCUAUCUAUCUAUCUAUCUAUCUAUCUAUCUAAGUCUCUUCAUAUUUAAAUAUUCAUAUCCAUCUCACUCUUUUCUUAUCUAUCUAUCUAUCUAUCUAUCUAUCUAUCUAUCUAUCUCAGUCUCUUCAUAUCUAAGUCUCUUCAUAUCUAUCUAUAUAUUCAUAUCUAGAUCAGGCUUUUCAUAUCUAUCUAUCUAUCUAUCUAUCUCAUUCUUUUCAUUAUCUAUCUAUCUAUCUAUCUAUCUAUGUAUCUCAAUCUCUUCAUAUCUAAGUCUCUUCAUAUCUAUCUAUAUAUUCAUAUCUAGAUCAGGCUUUUCAUAUCUAUCUAUCUAUCUAUCUAUCUCAUUCUUUUCAUUAUCUAUCUAUCUAUCUAUCUAUCUCAGUCUCUUCAUAUAUAUCUAUAUAUUCAUAUCUACCUCAGUCUCUUCAUAUCUAUCUAUUUUAGUCUUUUCAUAUCUAUCUAUCUAUCUAUCUAUCUAUCUAUCUAUCUAUCUAUCUAUCUCAGUCUCUUCAUUAUCUAUCUAUCUAUCUAUCUAUCUAUCUAAAUCAGGCUUUUCAUAUCUAUCUAUCUAUCUAUCUCAUUCUUUUCAUUAUCUAUCUAUCUAUCUAUCUAUCUCAUUCUUUUCAUAUCUAUCUAUCUAUCUAUCUAUCUAUCUCAGUCUCUUCAUAUAUAUCUAUAUAUUCAUAUCUACCUCAGUCUCUUCAUAUCUAUCUAUUUCAGUCUUUUCAUAUCUAUCUAUCUAUCUAUCUAUCUAUCUAUCUAUCUAUCUAUCUAAAUCAGGCUUUUCAUAUCUAUCUAUCUAUCUCAUUCUUUUCAUUAUCUAUCUAUCUCAUUCUUUUCAUAUCUAUCUAUCUAUCUAUCUCAUCUCUUCAUAUCUAUCUAUUUCAGUCUUUUCACAUCUAUCUAUCUAUCUAUCUAAUCUUUUCAUAUCUAUCUAUCUAUCUAUCUAUCUAUCUAUCUAUCUAUCUAUCUAUCUCAUGUCAUCAUUAUCUAUCUAUCUAUCUAUCUAUCUAUCUAUCUCAGUCUCUUCAUAUCUAAGUUUCUUCAUAUCUAUCUAUAUCUUCAUAUCUAUUUCACUCUUUUUAUAUCUAUCUAUCUUUCUAUCUAUUUAUCUAUCUAUCUAUCUGUCUAUCUAUCUAUGUAGCUAUCGCUCUAUCUUUUAUUCAUAUCUAUCUAAUAUAAUCUGUUCAUAUCUAUCUAUUCAUAUCUAUCAAGUUAGCUAUCUAUCUAUCAGCCUGUAUGUAUCGAUCCUUUCUGCCCGCCCCACCUCCUGCCUAUCUCUCCGUUUCUUCGUGUAUCUCUCUCUCUCUCUCUCUCUCUCUCUCUCAGCUCAGUGUCGUAAAUCAGUCUCCCUGACGACGCGCGCAUGCCUCACGCACCACCCCUCUUCCCCAGCCCAUUCGCAAACAUCAAUACAGACAAACGUUAUGCAUUUUCCCAUUCAAUCAUAA